AUGGCACUGAGUCGUCGAGCAACUGACGACGACGAUGAAGACGAUGAAUGUGUGACGUGUGUGUCGUUGAACCUAACUCGGGUCACACCCGAGUUAUGCCUUUUCGAUGAAGCUGUUGCGGCUUACGCGAACGAUCCGGAUUACGCGGACAUUAUUGCCUAUCUGCGCGCUCCCAGUGAUGCUGCACUGGGAGCUCUUUCGCGAACGAAGCGUGAUACUAUUCAACGAUCCAGUAUAAAUGGUUAUUUGCUGUUAUGA